UAAGAUGGUGGUGUAAACUGCUACAAUUUCAAUUUAAAAUUGAGUAUGGAAAUUGUGCAAUUAGGGCGGCGUAGAAACGCCCUUUUAUUAGAGCAAAAAGAGUUCAUGGAACACUUCUGCUCUAGAAUAUACUAGUGCACACAUCGAACACACGAACUGCAGACACCGGCUGGCGCAACUACUGGGAUGAUAAAAUCGUAUCGUCUUGGACUAGCUUUAUCGAAAUUCCAGUGGCGCGAAAAAUGGCAUUUGACGUCAACUACAAAACAUUAGAUUUUGUUUGCAAUUUUCUGUAGUUGUAUUUAAUAUUAAAUAAAUGAUCCGGCGAUGAGUGAUUCUGCUUAUAAACUUAAGUACCAAAAAUAUAAAAUACGUGUUAAAACUUGGGAGAAGGAUUUUAAACGAAAAUAUUCUCGUAUUCCAUCUAAAUAUGAUAUUCGAGAGGCGCCGCAAGAAAUACGAGAUUCUUACAAAAUGUAUUAUAAGUUGAAGACUUCAUUUUUGGAGGACACGUUGAAUGAUGUAUUUGAUGAUGAUGGAUUCAAUGUGUUGGAAAUCUCUCAGGAUGAAGGCCAUUCAAUUGGAAAACACCACAACAAUGAAAGUCUAGAGAUGUCCAGCAGCAUUGCAGCAUUAGUUGGCGGUAACACAGGUUCCAGCAUUCUCAAUGAAUUCAACCAGUGUGAAGAGCCAGCACGGCCGAUUGCAAGAAAGGAUUUCGAAGAAAAAGUUGUUAAAGUAUUUGAUGCUGUAGAAUUUUGCGAGUCAAAUGAAAAGGCAUGGGGCCCUGAAGUAAGCAAAAAACCAAUUAAGAAGGAUGAAACAAAAUGCCCACAAGAAGUUGACAAUUUAAAAAAACCCUUCUUGUCUAAUUUAUCUGCCAAACUUUUUAAAUCUACAUCAUUCAGCAAGCGCAAUCCCAGAAAAUCGCUUUCGCGUGCAAAUUCGGAAACAAAUUCACAACUACUGCGACAAGAAAGUGCGCCCGGUAUAUGUCAACGUCCUGAAAUACUACCCGAUUUAGAGACAAUCUUAGUCCAAAAGGCGAAAGAACAGCAAUCAGCAGCACUUACUGCUAAUCCUUUGCUUUCAGGCAAAGAAUCAUCCUCACAAAUACAAGUGGAUUCCGGCUGGUUGAACCGUAACACUAUCGAUGAUCCCAUAAAAGGAGCUGUGGUAACAGCAACAACAUCUUGUCCAUCAAUCGGCGCAGCACAUUCAAACACUCCGAUGGUAGAAAAACGUUAUGGACUAAGUAAUAUCAAUGUGACCACUUUAAAGCUAUUGACCAGUGUAAACCAGACGAAAAAUGAAGAAAAGCCAGAUGAAAAAGUACAAGACGAGAAAUCGGAAAGCGCAAAGAAGAAAUCCUUUGAAGUAAAUGUGGAAAUGGAUUCAGACUCCGUUGUUUCGGAUAGUGCAGGUGAGGGAGAAGAACAAAAAUACGUGCACGCGGCUAAAAGGCGUAAAGUACUUAAGACAAUUGAAAAAACGAACCAAAUAAGUAAUCUAACAACGAAAAAUAAAGAGCUCAACAAUUUAAAAAAGGUAGCGGUUGAAGAUACCGUAAAUCUCUCAGAAAAUCUUCAAGACGCAGACCCUUACGAUUUUUCAGCCGAUGACAUUGAAGAUGCAGAUUACUCACCACCUAAAAAUACUAAAGCGAAGCGCACACAAACGAAAACUGUUAAACAGCGAGUGAAAUCUCAGCAGUCAGAGCGAGGGAAAUCUUCUAAGCAAGCAAAGCCAAAAUUGAAACAAAAUGCCAAGAGGUCAGCAAAUUCUCUAAGAAUGACUCCAGCUAGAGCUAAAUCAAAAGCUAUGAACUCGAAAGCUGCUUCGGAUGAUACGGUAACAAAUAUGGAAGCGUCUUCAGAAGAGCCUGUUGAAAAGCCGCCAGAAGCAGCAUUGUUGCGUUAUAACAUGCUGCUCGAACGUGGUGAUCUCAUUUGUACUCCCCGUGUAGCAAAUAGUGAGUUGGAGAAAGCGGACGAUGUAGCGCAGCAAUAUAUAAACUGUACAAAUAUCACAUCUGCAUCUGCGCAAACGUCAGCCUCGAAGGCUAAAACCUCCCUAACACCUAUUAUCGAUGAGAAACGAGCAGGGGAGAGAAAGAAACUUGAAGCAAAAAUUGCGGCGGGAAAACUCAAUGAAAACUAUGUCUCUAUAAACCUGCAAAAAAAGAUAUUUGCGCGUGGAAAACGUCAUAUGAACUAUUCUAAGUACAAGAAAAAACAGUGGCGUCACAAAAAGAAAAUUGCUGCUCUUGCCGGCCCAGACAUGGACAUGGGCGGCUGCGACGGAGGUGUUCUAACGUGCUUCAAUUGCGGGAAAGUGGGUCAUUUUGCCUCUCAAUGUAAGAUCAAGGGAGACUCCUUGCUGCCGCUGUCGGCACAGCUCAAAGAGGAUCCCUCACCAUUUCCAACACUUGAAGAAGCCGAGCGUAUGGCAGCUCAUAAUAAGGUUGUGGUGCACAGCAGAAAUAUAUCGAAAUUACCAGCUGCACCAAAUACUGCGUUAUAUCAGAACAGUGAAGAUGGUUGCCUAAGAGAAAAGCAAGAAAAUACAGAUGAGCAGGAUGAAGAAGUAGAUGAGGAGACCACGGGCGGUAACCGAAGUAAUGGUAACUCUAUUGAUGACUAUGAAAGCGAGAAUAGUAUGGGUUUUGAAAGCGAUGAAGAGCUUGAAAAUAUAAACCUAGAACAAUUAUCCACUCCGACUACUCAAGUUUCACCCAUUAAAAAAUAUGUAGGUCACCAAAUUCCAGAAGAUUUUCUUAAAGAAGCCGGUUUACAUUCGACAAGUACGAAUGAAAAAAUACCAGGUACAAAGUUUGGCGAUAUCAGUCCUCUUUAUGAACUCGAUUCCGAAGGAAAUGUACGUACCGACGUUCCCUCCGAAGUAACAGAUGCAUUGCGUAUGUUCGGUCAUACCAAUUUUCGAAAAGGCCAAGACCGUGCAAUUAUGCGUAUACUAUCUGGUCUUUCAACGUUAGUUACUCUAAGCACCGGCAGCGGAAAGUCGUUAUGUUAUCAGUUGCCCGCUUAUUUGUAUAGCCAUCGCAGACGGGCAAUAACAUUAGUUAUAUCACCGCUCGUGUCCCUUAUGGAAGAUCAGGUGACCGGUGUGCCACAUUUUUUGCGAGCACAUUGCCUACACACAAAUCAAACACCCCAACAGAAACUUAAGGUAAUGGAGAAAAUAUCUGCUGGUGAAGUGGAUAUUUUGUUAGUGUCACCGGAAGCAGUAGUGGCUGGCGAACGUUCCACUGGUUUUGGCGCAAUUCUACGGCAACUACCACCAAUUGCCUUUGCCUGCAUCGACGAGGCGCACUGUGUAUCGCAAUGGAGUCACAAUUUUCGCCCUAGCUAUCUGAUGAUUUGCAAAGUUCUAAGACAGAACUUGGGUAUUCACACAGUAUUGGGCCUAACUGCAACAGCAACGUUACCAACACGGCUAAGCAUUAUUAGUCAUUUAGGCAUAACGGAUGGCGUACGUGGUGUCAUAAGUGACACUCCACUGCCAGAUAAUCUUCUGUUGUCCGUAUCAAAGGACGAAAAUAAAGACGCUGCGUUAUUGGCCCUACUUACAAGUGAUCGAUUCACUGACUGCCAUUCGAUAAUAGUUUACUGCACGCGUCGGGAUGAGUGUGAACGCGUAUCUUCAUACCUUCGCACAUGUAUGCAGGAUCAAUAUAAAGAGAAAGAUGCUUCAGUCAAUGGCAAGCGAAAGCGUAAACGAGUAAAUUGGGCUGCGGAGCCUUAUCAUGCUGGUAUGCCAUCCUCACGGCGUCGCACAAUACAAAACGCCUUUAUGAGCAAUGAUCUACGCAUUGUAGUGGCCACCAUAGCUUUCGGUAUGGGUAUCAACAAACCAGAUUUACGUGCCGUUAUUCAUUACAAUAUGCCCCGCAAUUACGAAAGUUAUGUGCAAGAAAUUGGUCGUGCCGGUCGAGAUGGCAAGCCAGCACAUUGCCAUCUCUUUUUAGAUGCGCGUGGAGGGGACAAAUGUGAACUACGUCGACACAUCUAUGCGAACUCAAUUGAUCGACAUGUGAUACGCAAACUGUUGCAGCACGUUUUUGUGCCUUGUGCCUGUGCAAAGAAGGGGCAGCCGGAAGAGCAAUAUCAGAGAACCCAAGGUUCCAAAAAUGAAUUGGUGAUUAAUGUAGAAUCGCAAGUGAAUAAUCGACUUUGUCCCGGCCAUGAAAUCGGAUUAUCGGUCGAACGGACCAUUGAAGAAUUGGACAUACCAGAGGAGAAUAUUUCUACAUUGCUGUGCUAUUUGGAGCUGGAUUCUCGCUGGAAUAUUAGUGUGCUUAGCAACGCCUAUACCAUGGCCAAGGUCAUAUCAUACGGAGGUGCCAAGUAUUUAAAACAUGCUGCCAAGGAAUGUGCCCCAUUAGCUAUGGCUAUUGCGCUUGAAAUAAAACAAAACAAAUUUAAGGACGAUUCAAAUAUAAUAGAGUUCUCCGUGGUUGACGUUGCUGCAGCGAUUGGCUGGAAUAGUGGUGUUGUGAAAUAUCAACUUAAAAAUUUAGAGUGGACCCAAGUCGAUGGAUAUCCACGCCGCUCACCCAUUAACGUGAACUUUUAUGAUAUCGGCUUUCGUCUAAAAGCCCCAGGAGAUUUUAUACCUGAGGAAAUAGAUAAUGCACUUGACACCCUAUAUAAUCGCACCGUCGAGCAAGAAAGAACACAACUUAUACAGCUGCAGUAUGUUUUUCAGGGUCUUUCAUCGGUCGCCUACAAUACUUAUAUACCAUGCAAAAGUGCGAAUUAUGCCCCGGAUCGCUCAAAUCAACUUAAAGGAAUUAUACGCGAUUAUUUCGAAAAUGACUACCCGAAAGAACUUAAGUUGGAAGCUGAUGCUUCCGCCUUAUCCGAUGCAGAUAUUGAAAACGAUGUACUUUCGCUCAUCAAC